AUCUCUUAUUAUCUUGCCCAACUGACUCUCUCUCUCUCUCUCUCUCUCUCUCUCUCUCUCUCUCUCUCUCUCCAAAACGCACAAACAUAGAAACCAAAUGGAUAAAAAUCCAUGCAAUAGUUCAUCCCAGGAUGUUGAAGUGAGAAAAGGGCCAUGGACCAUGGAAGAAGAUCUGAUUCUCAUCAACUACAUUGCAAAUCAUGGUGAAGGUGUAUGGAACUCCCUAGCCAAAGCUGCUGGUCUCAAACGUACUGGGAAGAGCUGCCGACUCCGGUGGCUGAAUUAUCUGCGGCCUGAUGUUCGGAGAGGCAAUAUCACUCCUGAGGAACAACUUUUGAUUAUGGAACUGCAUGCAAAGUGGGGUAACAGGUGGUCGAAAAUCGCAAAACAUCUACCGGGAAGGACUGAUAACGAAAUCAAGAACUAUUGGAGGACUAGAAUUCAAAAGCACAUUAAGCAAGCUGAGAAUAUUACACCAGGACAAAGCUCUGAGGUCAAUGAUCAAGCAAGCACAAGUCAAGUGUCAAUCUCUAAAACUCUAGACACAAUGGAUAUUUCCCACUCCGCACCAACACACCAAGCAAAUAUGGAUGCUUAUCCUCCUCCUUUACCUGCUGAUCAAUCUAAUGAUAACUACUGGAGCAUGGAGGAUCUCUGGUCUAUGCAACUGCUAAAUGGAGAGUAAUUAAACAACCGAUUUCAUAUGAAAACUUACGUUUGUCCAUAUGAAAACUUAGUAUAUAAAUACAUAUAUGUAUGUGUGUUUUUCUUAAAUAUGUAAAUAUAUGGUCUUUAUAUAUACGUAAUUUUAAUUAGUUUGUAAUAGGAAA